AUGCGUGACGCAUUUUUACGCCUAUAUAAACGGGUUGAGAGCAACAGUUCGCUACCAAACCACCACUGGAAGAACUCGGUGCUCCUGAAUUUCUACAUCAAGUACAGAACAUUAGUAGCAGGCUUUGAAAUGUCGAACCAAACAGCUAACCAAAUUUUCUCUUCCGAUGAUGAAGCCGGAUAUCAGCAGCAAUUGAAAAAACCGAAGGACUCCAAAGCGUCAUCUUCGUCGCUGACUGCUAAGAGGUCGGCGGUGGGAGAAUCGAUGAACACCGAAAUUAAGAAGAAGAAAAAGAAUAAGACUACGAUCAACCCUAUCAGCGCCAGCACGAGACCUACAUUGCAUGAUCUAUUCGGGACCGAUAGCGACGACGAGCAAGAAGAGGAGACCGUUGGAAGUACCUCGGGUAAAAAAAUACCACCAUUACAUUCGUAUUAUACCCGUAGAGUAGCCAAUAGUAUAAGUAAACAGAUUGAUGAAAACAAAAAGGGUAAAUUUUAUGUAGAAGUAAAGAUCUACGAUCACAGUGAGCGUAUAGCGCCUAUAAAUCGAUGGAGGCAUGCAAUUGUAACGGUAAAAAAUCGUACUAAUGAUGGGACACUAGCAUGGAAUCACAUGAAAAACUUUUUAAAAGAAACUCAUAGAGAAUUUAAGCACUGUCCCAUAGAUUAUGUUAGCAGUUAUUUUUUGUAA